UUUCCCGCGCGCGUAAUUCCGUCGCAUAAUGCUCGUUGCAUCUGCCACCUUCGGUGACAUGUGUUACGGCAAGUGGUGUUAACAAGUAUUUAUCGCUAUUCGAUAACACGAGGACGCGUCGAGCAAUCAAAUAUCGUUCUGCAAGGUUUCGGUGAGGUAUUUACGGUAUUUACGAACAGGCAGCAUGUUCAGUCUAAGCGAGCUCAACGAGCAGUUGAAAGACGCCAGCCGAAAGUGUACCGGUACCGGGGUUUCUUUCGCCGGCCAGUCGCUUGUACUGGAUACCGCAGAGGACGCUGUUCGAGUAGUGGAAGCGAUAAAAGCAUGUCCGUGCUUAGAGUACCUAGAUUUAGAAGGAAAUACGCUCGGCACACCGGCGGCGGAAGCCAUUGCUGAGGUGUUGAAGGAAAAGGGAACCUCCUUGAAGAGAGCAUUGUGGAAGGACAUGUUCACUGGCCGUUUAAAAACAGAAAUCCCAAAGGCAUUGGAGUAUCUAGGUAUAGCAUUGUGCACAGCUGGCAGUCGCCUCACUGAACUCGACCUGAGUGACAAUGCUUUCGGCCCGAUCGGUAUUCAGGGCUUGGCAAAUCUGUUGAUGUCGAGUCCGUGUUAUACUCUUCAAGAAUUAAGGUUGAACAAUAACGGCCUUGGCAUAUCGGGUGGAAAGAUGCUAGCUAAAGCAUUGGAGAAGUGCCACGAGAACAGCUCGAAAGAAGGCACGCCGCUGGCACUGAAGGUUUUCAUCGUCGGCAGAAACCGACUGGAAAACGAAGGUGCGCAGGCACUGGCAUCCGUGUUCCAGAAGCUGAAGACGUUGGAGGAAGUGGUGAUGCCGCAGAACGGCAUAUAUCAUAUCGGCAUCGCGGCACUCGCGAGGGGACUGUCCGCCAAUCCCGGCCUGCGAGUAUUAAAUCUCAACGACAAUACGAUCGGAUUGAAAGGCGCGAGCGCGCUUGCCGAGGUCCUACCGACCUUUCGCAGUCUGGAAGAAUUGAAUCUCGGGGAUUGUUUGCUGAAAACUAAGGGGACGUUGGUCUUAACGGAGGCGUUGGCAAUCAGCGGUAAUCACGUAUCCCUCAGGUGCCUGGACUUGAGUAACAACGAGAUACGCAUGGACGGCGGGAGUGCCAUCGCCAGGGCCAUGAGCGACAAGGCUCGCCUAACGAAUCUGCAGUUGGACGGCAAUUGCUUCGGGACGGAGGGACGUGAGAAACUUCGGCAGGUUCUUACGAAGUUGGGGAGGAUCGACGCGCUGAACUCCUUGGAUGAGGAUUACACCGAGGAUGAGGAGGAGGAGGAGGAUGACGCUAGUGAAAAAGAGGAUGACGGUAACGAGGAAGAGGAGAGCGAGGAAUGCGAGAGCGAUAACAACGAGAAUGAGGCAAACGAGAAAGACAACAGAGUGCACAACCUCGCGCAAAGCACGGUAACGGUGGCAGAAUUCUUGAAAUCACCGACAAGCGAGAAACUAUUGUUACUGCAGGAUGACAGUACGCAAGCUUUCAUUGACCACGCGAUGAAUUUGGCAAUUCAGAGCGAUGCGACUACGGAAGGAAAAUAUAUCGAGGAAUUUGUACAGAUAAUUAUGAAGGUAUCGGCGUUAUGCGACAGCGGUUACAUGGUGGUGAGGCUGAAAGCAGAAACCUUGUCGGAUGCAUUGUACGUGAAGCUGUUCUCUUACGCGGUAGAGAAGGAGAAGAUCUCGAGUUUAAAUAACGCGUUGUUAGUCAAUCUUGGUUUAAUAAAGGGUGAGGACAAGAGUAAAAAAAUUGAUUGGAACUUGGAAGGAUGUUUUAAAGCUCUAGAGAAAAUUAGUCAGAGGGACUAUUUCUUGGGACCAACGAGGAGUAUAUUAAAACUAUUUAUAGAGAAACCAAUGAAAACUAAUCGCGCUAACGUAGUAGAUCCGUUUCAAGAUUCCAAGGCUGCGCUUAAAGCUGUCCUAGACAGCACUCAGGUUACGUAAAUUCAUUGAAAAUUUCCCCUCUAUUGGUAUGUAAGGUAUACUUAUUUAUUUUUACAUGUCGCGCGCGCGCAUAUAUAUAUGUGAAAAGUGAUUUCUCACGUAAAAUUAUAGGCGUCAUUAUUGUAUAAUAAAUUUUGCAGAGCUUGCAGAAGUUUAUAGCAAACUGAUGAACUUUAUAACGAACUUGAGAUUUUAAAGUACGAUUUUGUAUUUUCGAUAUUAAAACUUUUUUAAUUCACAUA